AGUAGUCCGCCAGCUCUGAACGGAGCAAUUUCCAGCUGGGAGUGUUUGUAAUCCUGGUACUGGAGUACUGGUACCCAAGAAUCAUACAAGUAAAACGGUUAGGAAAGGUGUCGAUUGUUACAUACCCAAUCUAUUGUUAACUUUGGUGACUGCAGGGUGUUACCUGAGAACUUUAAGCGCUUAUGCCAAACAUUAUUAUUUAUCUAAAGUAUAUUGAAAAAAACUCAAAGUAGUCAUACAUCAAACACCAGUUAUUUGGAAUAAAGUUUAUUGUAUGUUUAAAUGUAUUAAGAGAUACAAGCAUCUAAAAAAAAUUGUGUUCAUCUAACAUAAACUGCAUAUACCCUCCUUCUGCACACAUUCACGAUUCCACAAGGCAAAUAUGUCCUGCAAUGAGAAAACAGCGCUUCUGGCAACGCAACAAGGGCAUCAGAAGCGGCAGCAACAGCACAUCAUUGUCGUGCCCGCGACGGAGAAGGACUCAAAGGAUUAUGAGCCCAUUUUCACAACUGCUGACUAUUCCUACGGUCUGACGCUCGAGGAGCUUCUGCCCUUCGCUCUGGAUCCCUGGUGGCAAACCGUGCGGCGCCUCAGCUGCGGGGUCCUGGGCCUGACUUUCCUGCUGACCCUGAUUGCUGGUCUGGUCAUGGCCUUUUCCGGCAAUGUCUGUCAGCCAAAUAGAGCAAUUAGCGGAAACGCGACCAUGACAACGAUGGCCACGCCACUAUCCUUGGCUCUCAACGGCUCUCUGCUGCUGAUGGCCAGUUCAUAAUGGCCGCAAGCUAAUCUGCGUAGCAUUUUGGAGAUGCCGCAAUCCACCGGGCGCAAUUGCAUCAGCCGCAUCAGCUCGCACUAUUAGCAUUUGUUUGGCUUGCCGGUAAUGGAUGCGACCUAAUCCCCCAUACCCAGUUUCUAGCUGAGUGAUAAGCGAUGCACCGCGGAAUUGAUUGGUUGCGGAAUAAUUAUACUGAUUAAUUUAUUUGCUAUGCGACCCCCUACUCGUAGAGUAAGAAGUAAGCAACAGGUAAAAGGAAAUGUUUUAGACCCUAAUAAAUACACUUGGUACACAUA